CUGCUGCUGCUGCGUUUGUAAUUCUGCACCAGGGCCUCGGGUAUUUUUUUUCUUGCGCUGCAGAUUUCACUUUUGGUUUCGUUUCUGGCCGUCCCCAGUUUGAGGAGCUGGCGGAACAAGGAAGAGGAAAUUCUCCCGGAGUUCCCAGAGGCUGGCUCUCUCUCUCUCCCAGUUUUACAGGGACACAGCUCUCCCACGGUAUAGCGAGGAAUUAAAGGGAAGCGUCUGCAUUUCAGCUCCUGGACCAGCUAUUGUACUUGCUGCUAGCAACCUCGCGUCUCCGAGACCCAUGGCUUCCUCUUGCCCACCCAGAGGAGAUUUCGAUGUGUUUCUCUGAGAGACACCCCCCCAAUUCUGCUUCUGCUGCUAUAGUCUGCAGCUAAAGCUCCAAACUGACCGUGCCUUGGUCAUAAGGCAACAGCUUCUUCCCAGGAAUCAGCCUAAUGAGCUUUCGUGAAACAGCUUUCUGAAGCAGACUACCCUUCCUCAAGUCAGGACAGCAAAACAGUGCAAAGUCCUAAAGAAAAGCAAGAUGGAACAACCCACAGAUGAUGUGGUCCUGGAGGUACAUGGCAUCACAGAUGACAUACCCUUGGAUUUUGUGACCCUUUACUUUGAGAGUAAGCGCUGCUCUGGAGGAGGGGCCAUCACCUCUAUUAGACGACAGGGCAACUAUGCUGUGAUCACCUUCGAGAAACCCGCAGACGCUGAGAGUGUCCUGUCCAAGCCUGGCCACAAACUGCAGAACGUCGAGCUGGUUGUGAAGAGGGCUCCGCCCAGGGACCCAAAGAAGAUUGUGCUGACUGGGCUGAACCCGCAAAUAGAGGAUGACAUGCUCACCCUGUACCUGGAGUGCAUCACUAACCGCAGCAGCGAGCAGUUCACUAUCCACUGGGAUCCAGACAGGAAACUUGCCCUUGUUAACUUCCAGGAAGCCCUCUCUGUGGAAGACCUUGAGGCCCUGAAGGUGAAAGCCAGAAACCGAAGUUUACAGGGUGCCACCUUGGACAUUAGACAACUUCCCCGGACCGACCGCAUCCUGGUGGAGAACCUCAGUCCCACCGAUGACGAGGACAUCCUGACUCUCUACUUCGAGAGCCGUCGCCGUAGCAAUGGAGGGACCGUGCUGAAUGUUACCAUGCUGCCUGGAGGAAGGGCCAUUGUGCUAUUCCAGGAAUGGGAAGCUGUUGACCGGGUUCUUCACAAGAGUCAGAAGCUGCAGGAGCGCGAGUUGCUCGUUCGGCCUUACUACGACUUCCUGCAGCCAUCCGGCAUGGAUCAGGACCCGGCUCAGGAUCAGGAAUGUGACCAGGGAACGGUGGUAGAAACCAGAGCUGAGGAGAUGGCGGAAGUGACAAGUCUGGUCAAUGUACCUGACAGAGAGAAGCUGGAUAUCCUGCGAUCCAGCAGCUUUCUUAACGAGCUGAGGGCCGAUUAUCCGGAACUGUCCCUGAGCGUCGAUGACGACAACUCUGUCCGUAUUUGCGGGACGGACGCAGUCCAGAUUGGGAAGCUGAAGAGCCGGAUCCUGGAAUACCUCAGUAACAUCGCCCAAGUGGAUGUCCCCAUCAGUGAGGAGCAGGCACGCUUCCUGUCCAAGGCUGACAUUCGGGAUUACUUACGGCACAUGCUACUCCAGAAGGGUUUGUCCACUUAUUAUUCCAUCUCGGGCAGUGUGAUGACGGUCAGCGCCUCGUCUCUCGCUGCAGCACGGGCUGUUGCCCUGGUGAUUGAGCAGCAGCUUUGCCAAUUCAGUGUCUCGAUCUCAGACCGGCACCUAUACGCUGUCACCUCCCCCGACUGGGGAAGGCUCCUGGCGUCACUGAAAUGCUGCGAAGCUCGUGUCGCUGACGUGGGCGACCAAGUCUGCUUCAUUUCCCUCGAAGGCUGCCGCGUGGAAAACCAGAAACGUGUGGAAGACUUCCUGGCGAAUGCUGUUCCAGACGAUUCCGUGAUCGGGAUAGAGCCCGCGAAAUUGCGAUUUCUACAGGAAUAUUACCAGGACUUACUCACUGGGACUGGUCAGGUUUCUAUUCUCCCCCUCGAAGGCGAUGUCACAGGGCUAAGGGUCACUGGGGUAGGCAGCGCCUACGCAGCGGUGGAUGAGCUCCUCCGCAGCAUCGUUUCCAACAUCUGCUCCCGGACGGUGGCCCUGCAGGAGCCCGGCAUUUCCAGGUUCCUCCUGGACCUGCGCGGAGCGAGCGUUCUGAAGCACAUGGAGACAAAGUACAAGUGCGUGAUCGGAUUGGAGCAAGUACAUUGGACAGUGCUGCAGGCUGAGCAUCCCCUGGAAAUCCAACACAGUCAGGUCACGCCGAGCUUUGAGAGAGAUGUUUCUGUCCAUAGGACCCUCCAGCAGCAAGAUCUGAGUGACGCAAAUGGGAAUAUUCCCAAUCUCGAUGAAAUCCAGAAUCUUCUCGCGUCGAUUAAAGACCCCACAGGUGCCUCAAGCCAGAGGAGAAACAAAGGCGGGAUUGUCACAACUUCCCAAAGGGUUUCCGAUGGGAAUGAGUGCACUCCGAUCGAGGAGGAUCUCUACACCGACCAACCAAACAACCUGCGUCAGGGCGAUGGCACUGACGGAGCUGAGGAUGAGCCUUCUGCUGGAGCUGACGCAGAGAGUCAUCAGGAUAAAGAUGGAGGCAAGACUGAGGAGGCGACAGUGGGCACUGGGGUGGCAGCUGUCCUUGACCAAGACAUGGAUGAUGCCGAGCUCUGCCUUGCCCUCCAGUACUCCAUGGAUAGCAGGUACCAGCUGACCAGUGAGGACGAGGAGCUUCAGAAAGCCCUUCAACUUUCCAAGCAAAUGGCCACAUGCCAACAGGAGCUUUCUGCUGGGAUUUCCCACGGGGGGAGCGCAGAGGCCAGCCUUGAGGAAGCAAUCAGGAUGUCCAUGGUGGAGGCCACGCGGAGCUCCAAUUCGGCACAGCUGAUGAUCUGCGGCGAUAGCGACGGAGACAUUGACCGAUUGGUGAAGGAGUUGGAGAGCAGCGUCCGCUCCCACCUCCGUGAGGAAGUGAUGAGGCACCAGUGCUUCCGGAACCUGAACAAAGAUUACGCUGACUACUUGGAAUACCUCCAGCGGAAACACGCCGUGGCGAUCACCCCGCAGGGUGCUGAGGUCAGGGUUCACGGGUUUGCGGAUUACGUCAUUGACGCCAAGGAGGACAUUGCCCGCCUGAUGCACUGGAUCGCCCAGGAUGAAAUGGCGAAGGUGGAAGAAAUGACAGUGGCCAGGUCUGUUCAGUGGGUGAGGCAUUGUCGAGGUGGUACCACCGUGCCCUACUCCCUGAAAGCGUGUACGUUCAUAGAGAGAGCAUUUCAACAGAAGGAGAAGAAGAUUGAUGUGAUCUUCAACAGCAAACCCUACACCAUUGACUUUGAGCGAAUGGAGGAAUAUGACUUGGGGGCGGCAGAAACCAUUCGAGUUGAAAGGAAGCUUUUCUCCCUCCCAAAUGAUACUGAUGUGUCAUGUUUAGCCUCUGGACGAAUCGAGCUGGUCCAUUUGGACGAAGCAAGUGAGGAAUAUUGUAAAAUGGUGCGACAUUUUUACGACACCCUGAAAGAUAUGCAUAAUAAAAUCCGCAUCAUAAAGGUUGAGAAGGUGAAUAACCCGCUGUUGUACCAGCAGUACAUGUUGAAGAAGACCAGUAUGGCAGCCACACAGACAGACGUCGAGAGGAUCCUAUUCCAUGGGACCUCUGAGGGGAGCACCAGAGAGAUCUCCAUGCAUGGCUUCAACAGGAGCUUCUGUGGGAAAAAUGCGACCGUCUAUGGGCAAGGCGUUUACUUUGCGGUUAAUGCUGUUGUCUCAGCACAGGACCAGUACUCACCACCAAAUGCCAAAGGACAUAAGUUUGUGUUUGUGGCUAAAGUCCUGACUGGAACCUACACCAAUGGCAAGGCCGAGAUGAAGACCCCACCUCUGAAAGAGAACAGUGAGAUGCCAGUCAGAUAUGACUCACUUGUCGACAACUCUGAGAAACCGAAAAUAUUUGUCAUCUUCAAUGACACCCAGGCGUACCCUCAGUACCUGAUCACCUGCCAGAACAACUGAUACCUUUGGUCAACAGCUCCUCACGGACAUUACUCUACUCUAGCUUUCUGCCAUGUUCCAGAACAAUCCCCUGCCCUCUGUACUGGUUGAACCAUACCUGUCUCCCUGUGGCUGAUGGGUAGACUAUCCAGAGCAGGUUUGAACCAGCACACUGAGCCUUGCCUGAGUCAGGCAGUGGAUAGUAACAAGUCCCUUCUCUGUCUUUAACACCCCCCCCCGCCGCUCACUGCCAUUCUAGCUAGCUUUUUGAAGUCAUCUGAAGUUCCUCACUCCACCCCGGCCAUCCAGGAAAGAGAAACCUUUUUUCCCUCUGGGAUGUAUCUUGAGAAGUCCUUGCUGCCCACCUGAUUGUGUAGGCCUACUUUCUGCUGGUGACUGUUUUGAGCAGACUGCCUUGUUCCCAGUCUUAUGACAUCUCUUUCCACAUGGGGGGUGGGUGGGUAUCUUUAUUCGUUCAUGGGAUGCGGGUGCCUCUGUGUGUGUGCGUGGGCCAGUUUUUGUUGCCCCAUAUCCAAUUGCCCUUGCAUGGUUUUCUUGGUCGUUUCAGAAGGCAGUUAAGAGUCACCCACAUUGCUGUGGGCCUGGAGUCACUUGGAGGCCAGACUGGGUAAGGAUGGUGGAUUUCCUUCGCUAAUGGACAUAAUUGAGGCAGGUUUACAACAGUCACCGUUACAGAGACUAGCUCUCAAUUCCACGCCUCUUCAAUUGCAAGAUUGGAACGUCGGUCCUCAGACCCACGAGCAGGUUUUUAGAUUUAAUAUUUGGGGGAACCAUCUGUUCCUCAAAUGGACUUUUCAAUUGGCAAAGAUGACCUCCUCCUUACCAUCUGAGGUUUGCGUGGGAGGUUGGGAGGAGCUUGGUUGAUUGAUUACUGGAGCGGGAAGAGGGUACGCAACGUCUGCACUGCAGCCGCCUCAAGGAAGUGGCUGUGUAGUUACAGCUUGAGGGGCAAUUAGGGAUGGCCAACAGAGACUGGCCCUGUCAGGAACCCCUCCCACAUCCCAACAAUUAGUUAGGACAGGUCUUCGGUGACUGCAGUCCCUGAACCACUCCAGUUUUGUCUCCCUGUGUAAUGUUUGAAUGUGGAAACUGCACAAUGUCGAAACUGUGAAUGCUUCCAACAGAGUCUGGGAAUCCUCCCUUCCUAAAUCCGAGAUUACGGCAUUCGCUCCAUAAGGCGCUGGAGUCUUCCUGUGCAGAGGCAGGGGGCCCUCAAAAUGGCUUGCUCUUCUUUCGUUCGAAGCACAUAAAGUCUUGCUUUUAUUUCUUUUAAAAUAUAACAUUUAAAGCAUUUUGUGAGAUAUUUGAUUCUUGUUGGUGGGAAAUGGGCACAUAAGAUUUAACCUU